AUGUUCACCAACUCUAUUAAAUUGUUAAACACUUCUUCUAAGUGCUACAUUCCAAAGAAAACCAUCAAAUCUACAACUUUCCCAAAACAACUACAUACUUUGGGUUUACAAUACAAGACACAACCAUCCGUUAACGCAUACAGCUAUGCUUUGGCUUUGAAAGCUGACAUAAAAGAUCAAAGACCAACUGUUAUCAGUUCGGACUCCGAUGAAGUGGCUACUGUUUCUGAUCACGUGAGAGUAUAA